AUGGAUGGCGAGGGAUGUACCGCGGAACGUGGGGAAAAGGAGUUUGAUCCCAUUUUCGACGAGGCUGAAAAGCACCACCGACGAUGGCUUCAGCGGCGCACAGUUGGUGAUGAUGGUAACAGCGAUGUUGUUGAAGAAGACAGAGGUGUGACUACUGAGUUUGAGGAGUUAGACGAGUCGGAUGUAGAGAUGGCGGUUCGCAGGGAGGCGGAAAACAACAAGGAUGGUGAUAUCGAGGUUGUAAACGAGGAGGCCUCUCCGGAACCUGAGGCAGUUGAGGACGACGUGAAAGACGAUGUGUCGGGUAAGAGGUUCCGGAAGUGUGAUGCAGUAGCGGCGCGAGCGUGGCUCAAAACCCUCGGCACGGAGGAUUUGGCUCAUGACGACAAUGGUGCACCGCAGUCGAUCGACGCGGCAGACGAAGGGGAAGGGGAAAAAAGCCCGUCCAGCGUCCGCAGCCCGGUUGCUCGUGGAGACGUUGUGGGAAAGUUCCACGCUCGUUCCCUGUCACGAGAGGGGAGAGGGACCAGCAGUGUGAUCGUCGAUUCCGCUGUGGAAAAGGAAAAUUUUAGAGAAAUCAUCAGCACAUUAGCCCCACUUAAGCCACUGCCCACUGGGAUACGUCCGAAAACUACCCAGUCAAGUGGCAUGGGGGACUCGGGUUUAGGGAGUGACAGCGGGAAGGUGGAAGCAAACAGUAGCAAUCAGACCAACUGCAUGAAGGAGGCAGAAGAAGAAGUAGGAGAUCACGUGGAGGCGAUAAGGGAGGGCAGGGGAGAGCAAAGUGACGUGGGGACAGAGGGUAGUAAGACGGAGGAGAGUAUAGGGGUAGAGGUAGAGGGGGAUGGAGGCAAUGAAACCACAGGUGAAGAGAUGGAUUUGAGAUAA